UGACUCAUUGUAUUGUCUGAGUAUUGGUUAGUGUCGUGUCUCAUUCCCUGAUCCUCUGAAACCACACUCUGAGGUGUCUGGUCCUCACUGACCUGCCAAUGCUGAACACAUCAAUUCACAGUUUCUCUCUCUCAUCAGGAUGGUUCUGUUCCUCUGGGGAUAGCUGCCGAGAAUGGACGCACUGAGACAGUUCAGAGACUGUUGGAGGCAGGAGCCAACGUCAACCAGCAGAACAAGAGUGGAGGCACAGCCUUGCUCUAUGCAGGAUGGAAAGGUCACUCAGAGGUGGUGAAACUACUGGAGCUGGGGCCAGAGACAUUCCUAAUAAGUUUGGAAACACUGCUCUGAGUAUGGCCAGAGCCAACAACCACAAUGAUGUGGUACAGUAUCUACUGCAACACCAGCCAAAGUGAAAAGUAGACACUCUAGCACUGUUACAAGCACAUAGUUAUUACACUGCAAUCUUUUAUAUAAGAAAUUUAUGUUUAUGUUGACUCUUUAGAAUUCGUGUUUAGAAUAGUGUGUGGAUGGAACAUUUCAUCACCCAAUUAUAUCAAUGUUAUUAUCUCUUGUAUAUUAUCUCUAUGAGU